AUGGAUCCCACCCACCUCCAACUAGCUCAGCGCUCUCAUCAGUAUGGACUCGAUCCAGAGUUAACAUCCGCCUCGUACGGAAUCUCAAUGGGGCUGCCGCAGCCCCAGCACUCUCUCCUCCAAUCCCACUCGUCCAUCAAUUCAUCCGCACCGGGUGAACUACCAUGGCCCCAGCGCAUUCUCAGCGAAGUCCACGACUUGUUGCUCCUUCUCAGUGCAGACGGAGUAGUUCAUUUUGUCUCUCCCUCGUGUAAAGCAAUAACAGGCUUCGACAAGCCCCACCUUGAGCACGAUUACAUCACGCGCUUCAUCCACGACGAGGACAAGCCCGUCUUCGCGCGCGAGUUGCACGAGUCUGUCGCCAUGGCCAGGCCGUUUCAUUGUCACUUCCGGAUGUACCAGGCUGAUAAUUCGACCUGUCUACUAGAGGCGCAUGGGCACCCGCAUUUUGAGCAGCUCAACAAUGACGCCACUGGCGCUGCAAACUUCAACCAGUCGCAGCACCAGCAACAACAGCAACAGCACCAGCAGCAACAGCACCAGCAGAGACUCUGUCAAGGCGUCUUCCUUGUCUGCCGGCCGUACCAUAACGAAAGCAGGCACCUCCUCGACUCGUUCCUCGAACAUAAACUUGAGAACGUCAGAUUAAAAGAACGCAUUGCGCAGCUGAAACGCGAAGAAGAGCGUGACCUUCAAACCGCCGCGCAGCAGACAAGGUCAUUGCAAGUCCCGUCCUCACAUGCUCAACGGCCUAUUCCGCAGACGCACAAGGCGUUUGCUUCGAAUCUGGAUCCGUCGUUGCUAUCCAGCGGUGCGGCGGAUGAUAAUGAGUCCUCAGAUACGCUGGAUAAUUUUAAUGAUAUGGACGUUGGGUUUGGCCAGGGCCAGGCAAGGGCUGCCCGCGGACAGAAACAGGGCGGCGAAGAAACAUCUGUAUCCCACCUUAACGAUGUCGAGCUUCUUACAGGUCUGCAUUUCACCAAGGGCGAAAGAGCCCAGGGCAUAAGCACGGGUACUAGAGACGGCCGACUCUAUUACUCGACGACAACUAACGCCAAACCAUCACGGGAACAGCGUGUGCCCCCAGAAAAUGAGUCCAGGAAAAGGCUGAAGACUGAAUAUAAAUGCGCGGACUGUGGCACAUCAGACUCGCCUGAGUGGAGGAAGGGGCCGGAGGGACCGAAGACGCUUUGUAAUGCUUGCGGGCUACGCUGGGCGAAAAUGGGGAAGAAACGGCAAGAUUCGGGCUUAUGA